GUGAAAAAGACAUGCCGUGCACGUAUUGAACAAAUUAUACUGAUAGAUCUUGCUUUCUGGUCGUGAUCGAACGUGGAACAUUACGAAUAAGAUGGCGGCUCUGCAAAUCGUUGGACUUAUUGUCUUUUUUCUUGUCGAAUAUUGGGUCGGAACCGCUCUUGGAUCGCAAGAAAUAUAUCGAUGUCACUGUGCUGAAGGCUGCCCUCUCAGUAUUGAACAAUAUCUUUGCACUGCGUGCCUAAAGGGAUUUUAUGGACGUUUCUGUCAAACUGAAAAUGUAGCUCUGGCAAAAACAACAAAUCAAUCUGCAACGUGUUUUGGUCAUAAAGCUGAAGCUCUGUUGGCUGUAGAUGGCGAUAUUCGGACAGAUUUCGGCGAGCCUGGAAACUACCACUGCACUUGUUCAGAAGGCGUACCGCGAUUCUGGAGCGUUGAUUUGGGUAGAGCAUACCCUCUUAACAAAAUAAAAAUAUACCAAAGACAGAGAAUCCAAUGGAGACUGACUGGAUUUCACAUUGAGGUAGACGGACACGGGUGUUAUCGGUGGUCAAAUGCAUCAUCUCCUCCAACUAUAUUUGAAGUAAACUGUAACCAGGAAGGUCAACACAUUGUUUUCAAAGUACCCCCUAGCCGCGAUAACGGGACUCGCCAGAAUCUUCUUACUUUAUGUGAAAUCCAAGUGUUUGUGUGUACAGAUUUCUGGUAUGGUGAAGACUGUGACAAGACGUGUAACUGUAGAAAUGAGACUGAAGUGUGCGACAAAAAGACGGGAAGAUGUACAGCUUGUCCAGAUGGGUGGACUGGAGAUUCGUGUGAUGCUUGCAGUGAUGGCUAUUGGGGUAUACCCUGCAAAGUGUGUGGUAAUUGUCAGACUGGAUAUAUCUGUAAUACAACUACAGGACAUUGCCGGCAGUGUCUAACUGGAUGGGAAUUACCAAGUUGUACAUCAUGUGGAGAGGGUCACUAUGGUGGAAUAUGCAAUGACACGUGUGGUAACUGCAUUGGAGGAAAUACAACAUGUGAUAUUCAAAAUGGAGUCUGCACUUCUGGAUGCGCAGCUGGAUGGGAAGGGGUUACUUGUAAAAUAGGUUUGCUAUUAAAUUCUAACGCAACUAGCAUAUAAGCUUAUUUUCGAUUGGUAAACGUUCGUGUUAAAUCGGAUGAUUUAUCAUGAUGACAGUG